UGUAAUAUGAUAUUCCAAAAUUUAGUCGAAAGAAGACGUGUGUUCGAGAACAAGUAAACAACUAGUGUGUGUCUCCGUUGUAAAAGAAAAAGAGAGCACAAACGAAUACGAAACACACACUCAUAACGAAAACAAAAACAAAAACAGAUUACAAAACCCAGCCAAAAAGCAAACCACUCAACUAUUCAAUUCUUUUCUUCUCUCUUGUGUUCUUUUCUCUCAGCACACAUAUACCAUCUCCACUGCUUAAUCGCGAAGAAACAAACACACACCAAAAGACAUUCUACGGGUUGGUUCUGUUCUGUUCUGUUCUGUUCUGUUCUGGCUUGUCCACGUUGUGAUUUAAGCGUUUCAACCAAGCCACCAAAACAUGAUCCACUCCUUUUCAUGUCUUGUCUUCCAAAGGCCAAACUCAGUUUAAAGUUAAACUCUUUUUGCCUUUUUUUCCAAAAGGGUCACUCUCAAAUAGCUCAUCUCAGCAAAGGGUAAAUAAAACAGAUCUCAAAUUUUGAAACUCUAAUGGCGUGUCCUUUGAAUUCCAUCACCUACAACGGCACUAUGUGCGCGUGUUCACCCGGUCACGUGCUCGACCACGUGACAAACAAAUGCACCCUCUUUGAUGGCAACUCCACCAUCACCACCGACUCAGGCGUUGACUACUAUGCUUUGAGCUUCCCUGAGACACUCUUCGCCUUUGACACCAUCAAGAAGUUCACGCAGUCACAGGCUGUGUUCUUGGAAGCUACCCUUUUUAUGCUUCUCUCUUGGCUUCUCUUUUGCUUCUUCCUCAGGUUCAUGAACCUUGGUGAUGGCCGCAAUGUUUGGUUCAACAUUAGGUGGUGGAUCAGUAGAUUGGAUAUUUGCUUUGCCACCAGACACUGGCUGGAAGAUCAGAAAGUAGUUACCAAACGCAAAACAGAACUUGGUGGAGCUUUCUCCAUGGCAAGUUGGAUACUGUUUAUUGGUUUAUUUGCUGCGUUGUUGUACCAGAUCAUAUCAAAGAGAUCAAUUGAGGUUCAUAAUGUAAGAGCAACGAAUGGACCAGAAUUGGCCUCUUUUGUCAAUGACAUGGAGUUCAAUAUAACAACUGUAUCUAGUUUGAGCUGUGCAAAUCUACGUAAUCUAGGUAAUUUAGUCGCUGGGAAUCCUGGCUUUAUUGAUGAAAGAGUUGUUCCUCUGUCGGCUUUAGGAAAUUACUCUUGUCACAACUCAAGCAAGGGGCCAACCAUAGCACUCAAAUGUAUAAACUGCAAGCUCAUCCAUGAUCAGAUGUACAUUUCAUGGCAGUUUGUUGAUCUCCCCAAUAAUCCUGCUACUGCUGUUGGUUUUGAGUUCAACCUUACUGCAAUGGAUAUUGCUAGGAAACACAAGAGUUUUGUCAGUGGAACGCUAAAGAAUGGAAGUGCUUUUGAGUUUGAUGAUAGGCCAGUUACAUUCAGAGGGAAGCGAUCAAAUGUUUUGAAAUUCAAUUUGUUCCCUCGAAUAUACCAUAAUUUGCAUGAUCUAAAGCUCAUACAGCCUUUAUUUCAUGAGUUCCUCCCUGGAUCAGUUUCUCGUGAUACAAAUCAGCUUCGAGCAUCACUUGAAAAUUCUGCUGAUGGACUGGUCAACACCACAUUGUAUAUCAAUUUUCUCUCUGAUUAUAUUGUGGAAAUCGAUAAAGAGAGUAUUCUGGGUCCUGUGAGCUUCCUUGCAGAUCUUGGCGGCUUGUAUUGCAUUAGCAUCGGCAUUUUUUUCUACCUGUUGAUACAGUGUGAAUAUAGGAUAAAGAAGCUCAGAAAUGAAGAUAGCAUUUUGCGGAGAAUUAGAAAUCGGCGUAAAGCUCAAGAGCAUUGGGACAAGUUGAGGAAAUAUGUAAAGUACACCUAUGACUGCCCUAGCAUAGAUGACAGUUUUAAUAGCACUACAACGAAACCAGAUUGUGGAGGGCUUAUGUUGCAUUCAAUUCGUGGUAGUGGUUCAUCACCUAGACUAAGGCAGAAAAGCAGAACAGAUUCCAUAAAUUUGUACAAGAAACCCAGCUUACCUGCCAACAAGUCAUUGAGCUGCAAGCCACUAGGAUCCACAAAUGAUAUCAAACUGCAUUCUGAAAAUAUGACGAAGCAGCAGAAUGUUGGUUCAUGCAAAGAUUCCCCUCAGUCUCAACCUCAAGAAUCUUCUGUUAUUGAUGAUAACUUCAUUCCUCCUCCACCUUUACUAGAAUUCAAGGGUAGUUCUGAAAUGGACAUUUCCGACAUUCAGAGGAAUCUCAAAAAUUUGUACGAGUAUAAUGCCAUGCUAAGGGAAAAAUUAUUAACUGCACAGUCUAUGCUCCAUUCUUCCUCAUCUAGGCAUUCUUCAGUGAAAAACAAGGAAACUUAGCAGAGGUAUCUUUGCGAACAGGAGUUUUUAUCUGUGUGCGUUGUUCAGAUUGAUCCAUGAUUUUUGCAAGCAUGGAUGUUCUACAAUGAAAGUUGAUUCUUGAUUGAAAACUGACCAAAGGGACCUAUUGAUUGCACAAUCUUUGCAAAAUGAAAGCAAGAAUAUCCUGCGCGGAGAAACCUUAGCACGCGGCCAGAUAUUCGAAGCUUCCUAGUGUGGACAAAGUAUGAUGACCCCCACGUGUGAGAAAGUGAUUUUGGUAUCAUCUGUUAUUCUUUUCAUGUUCUUGUGUAAUUGAUUUUCCCUUUUUUUCAUGAAACCUUGUAUAGCUAGUGUUUUGUUUUGUGCACAGGGUGGUGGCAAUGAUUCAAUGAACUUGUUCUUGCGGGCAUUAUUAAUGUGAAUGAAGAGGCCUUAACAAUGUAUCAUAAUUGUCACUUUUUAUUCUUUAUUUUGAGAAUUUUGUAUGUUAUGAUAUGCAGAGUAACUUCUAAAUUUUUAGUAGAGAUAAUGGCAUCCAAAGAGAAUGUUCCCUUUGUAGGGUUGGAACGGAUACACACAGCUGUGUAGGGGCCAUCAAAGAUUCAAAAUUACAUUUGAGUGAUAAUAACGUUAUUUAUUUCGAUGUGAUGGAGGCUUAGGUGGGGGUGUUUUUUUUCCAAAUAUUCCUGAAGUUGUCAGCAUUGACUUCUAAAUUCAGAUGUCAAUUCCUUCGUGGCUAUUAUUGGGAUGAAGACUUGAGUUUUGUACUGUUACCUUGUAAAUAAUGGAUGAAAUUAUUUAUGGAAGAUGACUGGUUU